CCACAUCAUCUCCACCCAAAUCCAAGCUGUCAUAAACCAAAAGCAAUUCCCAUUAUUAGGACUACAAAUAAGACCACGACCCGCUCUUAUGAUCUUCACCAUUAACAUUUAUAUACCCACUAAAAACUACUAAGCACCCAGUACUGUUCGUCAAAAUGCCUCAUCAUCACCAAAAAUUUCUCCUCCUCUUCUUCUUCUUCCUCGUGGCAACCACAUCCCACGCCCACAACAUCACGAAAAUCCUAGCCAAGCACCCCGAAUUGUCGACCUUCAACCAGUACCUGAGCCGAACUCGGCUGGCGGCCGACAUCAACCGCCGGCUGACCAUCACAGUCCUGGCGGUGGACAAUGCAGGAAUGUCAUCUCUCAUCUCAAAGGGCUAUUCUCUAUACACCAUUCGCAACAUCCUCUCACUCCACGUCCUUGUUGACUAUUUUGGUGCGAAGAAGCUCCACCAGAUCAGCAAGGGCUCCACCUUGACUUCCAGUGUCUUCCAAGCUAGUGGUGCCGCCCCAGGCACCUCCGGCUUCGUCAACAUCACUGACCUCAAGGGCGGUAAGGUCGGAUUUGGUGUUGAGGACAAUGAUGGUCAUCUCACUUCUCACUUUGUCAAGUCCAUUAAGGAGAUUCCAUACAAUAUCUCCGUCAUUGAAAUCAGUCAGGUGUUGAGUUCGGCCGAAGCCGAAGCGCCGACUUCAGGACCAAGCGAGUUGAACGUAACGACUAUAUUGUCAAAGCAAGGCUGCAAAUCUUUCGCCGACUUGUUAAUAGCCACUGGAGCCGACGCCACUUACCAGUCCAACACUGAGUCUGGCUUAACGGUGUUUUGUCCAACAGACGGUGUUGUCAAAGGUUUCAUGCCAAAGUACAAAAACUUAACGACUGCCAAAAAAGUAUCGUUACUGUUAUAUCACGGCAUCCCCGUUUACCAAUCCAUCCAGAUGCUUAAGCAAAAUAACGGAGUCGUUAACACGCUGGCUACCGACCGUGCCAAUAAAUAUGAUUUCACGGUGCAAACUGACGGCGAAGACUUGACGUUAGAGACUACGGUGGUAACGUCGAAGGUUACUGGGACGUUGAUUGACAAGGAGCCGUUAGCUAUUUAUAAGCUGAAUAAGGUUUUGUUGCCUAAGGAGCUGUAUAAGCCGACUGAAGCCACUUCGCCCAAAUCCAGUAGCGAUGACUCCGACGACGAAGAAGCCGAUGCCCCAGAGGGUGAUUCUGAUGAUCAGACGGCUGACGAUAAUGGUGCCGUUGGGAUAAACGGUGGGAGAAUGGCUGUGGUCUUUUUGAGCUUGUGCGUGGGAUUUUUGCUUAUGUGAUUAAUGUCUGUACGUUAGUUUUUAACGACAACAAUGUUCAUAAACACACGAGCUCUUCUUGGGUGGGGCUUUGAAUUCUUUUUUUUUUUUUUUUUUUUCUAAUAUCUUUUUGUGGAGAAUAAAUAUUGGUGGCUCGUUCCAUGUAUUGAGAGAAUCUUUUGCUUAUAUAUAAAUUAAAAAUGUAUAGACCACAUUUUCUUUG